AAAUGACGCAUUUGUGGGUCAGAGGGGCGGUUCUUUCCUUUUUCACUUCCAUCUGCACUCGGUAACAGCGGCCCAGGGCCUUCGGUCUGUUAUUUACAGCCGAUAAGUAACAUAACACCCUGCUGAAAGUAGGGUGUGAACCGUAACAGAAAGCAAGAGUAAAGCACCGCAAGGCCCGUCAGUACAGCGCCGAAGAAAGCCGCGAAAAUGCCUCAGAACGAUUAUAUUGAAUUGCACCGUAAGCGGUAUGGAUAUCGCUUGGAUUACCAUGAAAAGAAAAGGAAGAAGGAGAGCAGAGAGGCUCACGAACGCUCGCAUAAAGCGAAGAAGCUCAUUGGUCUAAAGGCCAAGCUUUAUCACAAGCAGCGUCAUGCCGAGAAGAUACAGAUGAAGAAGACUAUUAAAAUGCAUGAAAAGAGAAAUACCAAACAAAAGAAUGACGAGAAGACACCCGAAGGUGCUGUGCCAGCUUAUCUGUUGGACAGGGAGGGACAGACUCGAGCCAAAGUUCUUUCUAAUAUGAUCAAACAAAAGCGGAAAGAGAAAGCUGGUAAAUGGGAAGUUCCUUUACCCAAAGUCCGUGCCCAAGGAGAGACAGAAGUGCUGAAAGUCAUUCGCACAGGCAAAAGAAAGAAGAAGGCUUGGAAGAGAAUGGUCACCAAAGUUUGCUUUGUUGGAGAUGGAUUUACCAGAAAACCACCAAAAUAUGAAAGAUUCAUCAGACCAAUGGGCUUGCGCUUCAAGAAAGCACAUGUAACACACCCAGAACUUAAAGCUACCUUCUGCCUACCUAUCCUUGGUGUGAAAAAGAAUCCUUCCUCACCCCUUUAUACAACUUUAGGUGUCAUCACAAAGGGUACAGUCAUUGAAGUCAACGUGAGCGAGCUCGGCCUUGUCACCCAAGGAGGCAAAGUUAUAUGGGGAAAAUAUGCACAAGUUACAAACAAUCCUGAAAAUGAUGGCUGUAUUAAUGCAGUUUUGCUUGUAUAACAUUGACUUUGGCUCUUCAACGACAGAGGAAAAGACUCUAUUUUGAAAUAAAACAUUGCCAAACCAUCGGCAGACGACCACCUUCUGCUCAGUCUGUGUGGAUUGCAGCACAAUAAAACUUUGUACUUAAA